AUGAAAACUCCACUCCUUGAAUACCGCCUUUUCUUCUUCAUAUCCUCCUGCUUGCUGCUCCAAAUGGUGGCAGCCCAAUCCCAAUGCUUGAGCCAUCAGAAAAUGUUGUUGUUGCAGUUCCGCAGCAGCCUGGUGUUCGACUCAACAGCUUCAACCAAGCUUGCGCGCUGGAACCACAGCACACACGACAACUGUUGUGUUUGGGCUGGGGUGGAAUGUGACACCUCAGGUCAUGUCAUCAGCUUGAUUCUCGACAAUGAAGGGAUUAUUACAGAUGGUAUUAACAGUUCAAGUGCUCUAUUCAGUCUUCAAUACCUUGAGAGGCUAAAUUUGGCUUAUAACAACUUCCAUUCCAAUACAAUUUUCAUUCCAGUUCCAGCUCCAGUUCCAGUUCAGAUCUAUAAUCUUACCAACUUGACAUAUCUCAAUUUGUCAAAUGCUGGUUUUGGAGGGCAGAUCCCCAAUGGAAUAUCAAGACUCACAAGGUUGGUAACUCUUGACCUCUCAACCCAUCCCAAUUUGAUAAUUCAUCUUGAGAUUCCAAAUCUAAACCAAUUCUUUGAGAACUCGACUCAACUUAUACAACUUUAUCUUGAUGGUGUUGAUCUUUCAAGUAGAGUUCCAAAAUUCUUAGCCAAUUUCUCUAACCUCAAAACCUUGAGCCUCAGUCAAUGUAAUCUUCAGGGAUCAUUUCCAACAGAGAUAUUUCAGAUACAAGGUUUACUGGAAUUGAGUUUGGAAUACAAUGAUGAUCUUAGUGGCCGUAUCCCAUCAUUUCCUGAGAAUGGAUCACUUAGGAUGAUCUCAGUAGCUCACACUCAAUUUUCUGGUUCCUUGCCACCCUCCAUUAGUAAUCUUAGCAACUUGUCUAGGCUCGUUCUCUACGGUUGCGAUUUCAGUGGAUCAAUUCCCUCUACCAUGGCACAACUUACCAGUCUCACUUAUGUGGAUUUCUCGCAUAACAAAUUCACCGGCUCAAUCCCAAAUUUUCAAUCGUCAAAGAACCUUACUAGCAUAGAUUUUUCUUUUAAUGGCCUGACAUGUCCACUUUCUUCUAAACAUUUUGAACACCUUUCAAAAAUUGUGUACAUAAAUUUUGAGUCAAAUUAUAUCUCUGGAAGAAUUCCCCCAUCUCUGUUUUCACUUCCAUCUUUACAGAGCCUAUAUCUUUCCAACAAUUCAUUUGAUGGUCUUGUUGAUGAAUAUGUGAAUGUAUCUGACUCACAAUUGGAAAGUCUAUAUUUGAGUUCUAAUCGUCUAAAUGGGUCUUUUCCAAAAAUAUGUGAAUGUGUCUGUCUCACCAUUGAGAAUUCUGGAUUUGAGUUAUAA